UAACGUAAUUGUAUCGAGCAAUACGCACGUUUUGGCGUAUUCUUGAGAGUGUUCUCGUCUACGCGAAAUGGCGCUCCCCUUUAGCGGAAUCCUUAUCCGCUCUCCUACUCUAGUGGAUCUGGCCAGCACCCAGGUGAAACUCAUCAAUUUAAAGCCUGUCAAAAGGAUCAUCGUCCGUUUCGACCCAUUCCACGAGAACGUCACCGAGACGAGAAGGUUUCUAACUAUCCUUACCUAUCCGAAAGUCGUUAAGACAAAUCCGUACUGUGUACUGAAAACAGAUGUCGUGUGCGAUCGCUCCGAACCAACAAUCACGUUCAAUCUUCAAUCGGAUGAAAAAGUGAUAUUAAAGACAGCUAAUUUAUCGUGCCUGAACAUUUUGGAGCUUUACAACAAGCACAUUACUUCCUUAGUUCCGCCUGAUCCACUUGAGCUUGAGAUAAAGGCUCUGGUGGAACUCUUGAACGAGAGGAAAAAACGGAGACUAAAGAAAGCACCUAAACGAAAAGAAGGAAGCAAACACAGAGGAGAGAUAAUAAACGAAGAAGAAAUAUUGAAAGAACUCAAAAAUCUAAGUCUCUAAUUUUAUGGGGACUUACUGAAUGUGGAAUUUAUGCCUGUCGCGAUGUUCCAGUCUCAAGAUUUCACCGUCAGUAACGAUGACAACCUCUACAACAAGUGUGUAACCCGUGAAUUAUCAGACUCUCUUCGAUCACCUGUGGCGAUGAAUUUUGAAAAACCGCGGCCUCAAUCAGUACGCGCUGUCGAAUGUGAGAAAGAGAGAGAGAAGAAAAUGCCUCGAACUUCCGUUCGACGAUACGCACGCACCGAAGCGCGCACGUACUUCGCGUGCAAGUGCGCUCUUGUGCGCGCUGCUUCCCAUGUGUCUCGUGUGUUUUCGUCGUAUGUACGCCGUAUAAAAAAGAUGACGGAAAAGAAAUUGGGUCGUCCGACCGGUCGCGCGAGUGACGUUUCUUCGCGCACGUUUUUGGCGAGCGAUAACACAGCGAUCAGUCACGAAAACGUCAACGUUUGGUUUGAAAUUUUUAGUCUCACCAUUUUCACACAAAAUUUCAACAAUUUAUACAUAUUUUUGUAGAUGUAAUUAUCAGUUAAUUAUAUCAUCACACAAUUAUUACGUGAUGAUUAAUUAAUGUGAUUACAUUGAAAUAAUCAAGAAAUUUUUGUUUUUUUAUCCGAUUAUCUCAUAUUUUCUGAAGUUUAAUUGAUAGUUUUGACGAGAAUACUAGACUUGACAAACAUCGUAAAACACGUCAUAAAGCCGCGAAGUAAAAUUCGACGCAGUAUAUCGUUCGCCGCUUAUAAAUGACGUAUACGUGCAUUACAUACUCCUAUGUGUGCGUCAACAUGUAUGUUUCGAAUUGAAUUACAUUGUUUAAUAAGCGA